AGCCAAGCACUUUAUUUAUUUAAACUUGGAGUUCAGUAGAAGCUAGGUGUUUGCCAACAGUUACAGCAGCUAGCAGUUAUUUCCAGAGUCAAAUAGGCCCACAUCAAAGAUUCCAACAAGGAUUCCAAAUUCCUUCAUAUUCGCCAGUAGUAAGAUGUUGUCAACAAUGGUCAUUGAAGAACCCAAACAGAAACUCGCUGCCGCAGACGAAGAUGCUCCGGAGUGCAGCUAUUGCUCCGUCAGACCGCCGUGUCUUCAACGCUUCGCACGGCCGGCUAUCUUUGUUGUCGUUGUCAGCAUGUUCUUCUUUGCCGAUGGUUUUUUCGUCGGGGUGAUCCAGGGGUCGAUAACCACAAAUGAACGCCGGUAUCAGUUCAAUCUCGGUCAGAUUGGCCUGUUAUUAUCAGGCUUUUCCGUAGGCGGCGUCAUUGGCAACGUGCUCGUGAUCUUAUUCUUCAGUAAGCCGGAUACCAAUCGACCACGCCUACUGGGAAUAUGUUCCCUGAUGAGUGGUCUUGCGGCUGUUGUAGGAACCAUCCCACAGUUCAUUCAAGAUCCAUACGUUCCUGCAGGUUUUGAGGCUACCAACGACACAGAGGGCGCGUUUCAGCAGGUAGACAUGCUGUGCAUGGCAGACAAGUCGGGGGCAGACUGCACAGAUCAGCCGGCUGAGACUGUGUCUCCUAAUCAGGUUGCUUUCUACAUUCUGCUGUUAAGCACGGUGCUUCAAGGUGCAAGUAUCAUUAUCAUGUACCCAACAGUGCACGCAUACAUCUCGGACAAUACAACUCCAAAAAAUACGGCCUUUUAUACAGGUAUCUGGGGAGCUGCGGUUGGCCUGUCACCAGUGGCAGGCAUCUUCGCGACUGCGGCAUUUCUUGGUCUGUGGGUAGACUUCUACAGAAUCCCCUCAUCAGCCGUGCCCGUGACUCCCGAGGACAGGGCGUGGGUGGGAGCAUGGUGGCUGGGCUACCUUGUUGUUGCAGUCUUGUAUAUGCUACCAGCGUUGCCCCUCUUUGGAUUUCCUGUGGUGAUGAGAAAGUCCUGUACCAACGCCGAAUGCAGCGACAGCGUCGGUGGGGAUGACGGGGACACGGAAAACAAGAGUGGGACACAGUUCCCCAAAGGAGAAACUUCGAGUGGUAGUUUGUCGACGUUGUGGAAGGUGUUGAAAAACCGUGACUGCAUGCUGACAUGCCUGUCCCAAGGUGGUGCUUUCCUCAUUGUGUAUGGCUAUGGUAUCUUUGUUCCCAAGUACCUGGAAAUUCAGUUUGAGGUGGAAACCCAACUUGCCGACAUCCUGACAGGUUGUCUUCUAGCUCCUGCAUACGCCGUCGGCUUCAUGCUGGCUGGUUCCCUCGUCAAACGAUUCAACAUUCAAUACCGGGGCCUAGUCUCCCUCUCGUGCGUCGCACUGGCUCUCGGCGUCGCUGGCCUCACGGCGAAUUUGUUCAUUGGUUGCUCAAAUGAGAAUGUUGCCGGUGUCUUCACGCCAUACAAGGGACAAAGCCAGCUUGAUUUAGAGGCGCCCUGCAACUCGGACUGUGAAUGUUCUUUGUCUGCGUACUCACCUGUAUGCGAUGGCCAUGGGAUCACCUAUAUAUCAGCCUGCCACGCAGGAUGCCAACUCGUCACUGAGCAGAAUCAGGAAUAUGGAGAUUGUUCAUGCUUAGCCACUGGAUCAACCAACCUAAAUGGUACCCUUCUGGCGGUUGAGGGCGCUUGUGACAGUCAUUGCAUCUCCUAUGCACCGUACCUGGUUUUGCUGACUGCAGUACUGCUGUUUGCGCAGUUCGCACAGCUCAUGCGUUUUAAUAUCGUCAUGAGAUGCGUUUCAUCAGCAGAAAGGCCUGUGGCUCUGGCAAUCCUAUAUCUUGCCGCUCUACUCGCUAUUAUCCCGGCUAGUUAUAUGUUUGGCGCCCUCAUCGACACCGCCUGCGUGGGAUGGCAACAAACGUGUUAUGGCCAAGGAGCAUGUUUUCUGUACGACAAGGUCUGGUACCGCUACACCUUCAACGGUGCGGCAUUGGGGGUUGCGAUCAUAUGUCUUGGCUCCAUGCUCAUUGUAUGGAAGUUUCCUUCGUACACAGAUAAAGAUGCCAAUGAUGACAUGAAGGGGAGUGAAAAUGAAGCAAGCACUCACAACCAGCAGAUAUAACAAAUGUUGCCUAUUUUGGGAAAACGUAAUCUUGCUCCCGUAUUUCAGCUUGAUUGUGUGGUUUAAAUAAGUGAUAUGAAAAUGGAUACAUACAUAUGUAUUU